UUGCCGCCUGCCUGAUCUCCGGCCAUAGACUAGCUUAAUUAUUUGUCAAAUUGUAGCAGUUUUCGCGAUUCAAUCUCCGGGGAUGGAUCCAGAUAGGACUGGUACCAGCGCCGAGGUCCCACUGCUUUCGAAUCAGAACUCUCGGACGAGGGAGAACCGGUGGGUGAUAUGGAGGGCGGUGUUCAAUGUGUCGACUACUAUAAUUGGUGCAGGAAUUAUGUCAAUCCCAGCAACUUUAAAGGUCCUAGGUGUUGUUCCCGCAUUCGUGUUGAUUGUUCUGGUAGCUUUGUUAGUAGACAUAACGGUAAAUUUCAUGUUGAGGGCCACCUAUGCUGGUCAGUCCACGACGUACGCUGGAUUGAUGAAAGAGAACUUUGGAAAGAUAGGUUCUUUGGCAGUACAAAUUUGUGUAAUGAUCACUACUCUUGGUUGCUUGAUCAUGUACCUCAUUAUUAUUGGAGACGUUUUUUCUGGAAAAGGAGAACACCUUGGUGUCCUUCAAGAAUGGUUUGGGAUUCAUUGGUGGAAUUCUCGUUAUCUAUCGAUCCUACUCACUGUCUUGCUUGUUGUGCUUCCUCUAGUCCUAUACCGGCGUGUAGAAUCAUUAUGGCUCAGUUCAGCAAUAGCAAUUAUCCUAGCAGUUGUAUUUGUUGGUAUAUGUUCUGUAAUGGCAAUCAUUGCAAUCGUAAAAGGGGAAAUAGCAAGGCCAAGAAUGCUACCGGAGUUGAAUAGUACUUCUUCCUUCUUUAAUCUCUUCACCGCCAUCCCAGUCAUCGUAACAGCUUUUGCAUUUCACUUCAAUGUCCAUCCUAUUGAAAUUGAGCUGGGGAUACCUGGAGCUAUGACUAGUGCUGUCAAAAUUUCACUAGUAGUUUGUUCAGUCAUCUAUUUCUCAAUUGGAAUUUUCGGCUACCUUCUAUUUGGAGAUUCAAUCAAUGCAGAUAUACUUGUAAAUUUUGAUAUGUCGUCCUCUGGUGCUAUAGCAAUCAGUCCCAUUCUAAAUGAUAUCGUUCGUUUGAGCUAUGCACUUCACCUAAUGCUGGUAUUUCCUCUCUUAAAUUUCUCCCUGAGAGCCAACAUCGACGAACUCAUAUUCCCUAAGAAGGACUUACUAGCAACUGACACCAAAAGAUUCAUGUUUCUUACACUGAUCUUGUUAGCCUUAUCAUAUAUAGUUGCCAUCGCUAUACCAUCGGUAUGGUACAUUUACCAGUUCAUGGGAUCAACUUCAAAUGUUUGUCUUGCCUUCAUAUUUCCAGGUGCAAUUGCUCGAAGAGAUGUCCAUGGUUUAUCUUCAAGAAAAGACAAGAUCAUCGCGGUAGUCAUGAUUGUUCUAGCUGUUGUGACGAGUGUUAUAACUAUCGCUGCCAACAUCUACAAUAUGAUUAUUGGAAAAAGUUCAUAAAUUUAUGCCAUGAAUCUCAAUUAGACCUUUUGAAUUUUCAAUUUGUAUUUGUGUUUUGUUGUGCAAUUUUGCUAGUUCCAAUAAUAUCGUUGUGAAUACAGAAUUUAUCCAUAUUCCUAAAUCAAUUGGACCAGAAAAUUUACAAUA